AUGCAACAAACUUCCAAAGACCGCGAACCACUCCCCAUCCCAUUCCCCGCCCCUCCAACCCACCCCAACAAUGUCCGACACCGACGCCCCCUCCCCCCCUCGAUCCUCAACUGGACCCUCGGCUUCCUCCUCGUCGGCCUCGCCUGGGGCCUCACCACGCCCUUCAUCCGGCGCGCCGCCCUCCACUUCCACCCCCCCGCCCACCCCUCCCUCGACCGCGUCGACACCGGCACCCGGGCCGGCCGGGCCCGGCGGCGCGUCCUGAAGGCGGCGUGGACGGUCGCGGAUCUGCUCCGGAGUCCGGCGUACGCGCUGCCGCUGGUGGUGAAUUUGACGGGGAGCGUGUGGUUCUUUUUGUUGAUUGGACGGGCCGAGUUGAGCCUUACGGUCCCGAUUACGAAUUCUCUGGCGUUCUUGUUUACGGUCUUGGGGGAGUGGUGGGCUGAGGGGAAGGUUAUAUCGAGAGAUACCUGGAUCGGCAUGGCUUUCGUCUUGGGCGGUAUUGCUCUAUGCGUUCAGUCGAAGAAUACAUGA